GAAACUUGGCAACAGGGCUGCACAUGCCGCCUGAAAUACGCCAAUUCGUCGUGCAGUGAGUGCAAUGUUGCUGAGCAAAAGAAUCGUGGAAAAAGUGAGGUUUUCGAAAAUAACAGGCCUGAUCGAGAAAGUAACAUGCUCGAAAAUAAACUGCCAAGUGAAGUUUCAUUCAACAAACGGGCUGGAAGAAGCUUACAAGGCUGUAAAACACAAAUGUCACUCUAAAAAAUUGCCGAAAGAUGUGAACCCGAAAGCGGUAUUUGCUUGCAAUGAGUUGGACUUGAAGGAAGUCAAAGUGUAUGGUUUUGACUAUGAUUACACACUGGCAUGCUACAAACCGUCGAUGGAUUACUUGCUCUAUAACUUAGGUAGACAAACUCUUAUUGAACAAUUUAAAUAUCCUGAAGAAAUCGGCAAGCUCGAGUACAAACCUAGAUUUGCUGUCCGAGGGCUACACUACGACAUUGAAAAGGGGGUCCUACUAAAACUCGACUCUUUUUUGCAAAUACAGUUCGGCUCUGUAUACAGAGGAUUGACGCCUUUAAGUAAUGAGCAAGUCUUGAGGUUAUAUAAGAAUCGUAUUAUACCUAUAGCCUAUGUUGAAGGACACACCAAGAAUGCUUCGUUAACAUUGCAGAACCCAAAUCACACGAAAAUGGUGCAAUUGGCCGACUUAUUUUCGGUCCCGGAAAUGGGACUUCUAUGCAAUGUUGCCGAUUAUUUCGAAAGAAACCAUAUUGAUUAUCACCCGGAAAUUUUAUUUAGGGACGUCAAGAAUUCCGUGAAAUUGUCCCACCCUAAAAUGCACAUACAAGUGUCCCAAAAUGUAUCUGAUUACAUUGAACCCAACUCGCAGUUAAGGCCGUUUUUUGACAGGCUCAAAAAAGCUGGCAAAAAGAUGUUUUUGGUUACCAAUAGUCCCUACAAAUUUGUCAAUAAAGGCAUGACUUUCCUCUUGGGAAGUGAUUGGAAGGAUUAUUUCGAUGUUUUGAUCGUGCAAGCUAGAAAACCCCGUUUUUUCACCGACGUUUCCCGUCCCAUUCGAGUUUUUGACGAGCAAAGUGGGACACAUAUAUGGGACAAAGUAAACAAGUUGGAAAAAGGGAUUAUUUACUAUGAAGGUACUGUAAAACAAUUGCAGGACCUCACAGGAUGGCGGGGUCAUCAGGUUCUUUACUUUGGUGACCACCCUUACAGUGACCUUGCAGAUGUGACCCUUGAACAUGGCUGGAGGACCGGCGCUAUAAUAACGGAAUUAACACACGAAAUUGCCACAUUAAACAAUGUGGACUUCAAGAAAAACGCUAAUUGGCUACAAAUGUUAACCCAACUGAUUGAGGAUAAUCAAGACUGUGAAAACGACGAGCAACAAAUGAUUUUGACCAAGUGGAUGAACGAACGUGAUAAACUGAGAAACGACAUAAAAUAUGUGUUUAAUCAACAGUUCGGCAGUGUAUUUCGUACAUAUCACAACCCGACGUACUUUUCAAGACGAUUAUUUAGGUUUGCGGACAUAUACACCUCAAACAUAGCAAAUUUACUCAACUAUUCGGUUAACCACACUUUUUACCCACGUAGAGGCGUGAUGCCUCACGAGUACAUCUCAUAUUUUGUAUAAAUAUUAAACAAAUAUUUAGUUCAUAAUAUUUUAGCCAAUGAAAAUAAUUGGAAUCUCAGUAUUCAUUUAUUUAGCUCUCUGCCAUAUAUAUAAAGUGCCUUUUUUGGCUGUGCGGAAUCAAAAAAAAAUAGGACAAUAAUGUGCCAAAUAAAAGUUUUUGUUAUUAUAUUUUUGCGGAUUAUUUAUUUAUUAUUUUAGGUUAAUUCACAAGCUUUAGUUAGUAUAUCUAUGUAUAGGCAAAUCUGUAAAUAUUAUUGUAUUAUAAUGAGAUUUGUGAUAAAAUGAUAUACCUGUU